UGGCACAAUAGUGCGAGGUGCUGUCUUGCCUAUAGGGUAGUCUCCGAGCAGGUACUAGCUGCGGUGGGUAUGCUGCGAGUGUGGUUGCUUCUCGCCGUCUUCUACCUCUCGAGUGUGACAUGUCGAGCGUGCCAUGUCGGAUGCAGUUGUUUUCGGACGACCGUUCGCUGUCAGAAGAUAGGACUGACUUUCAUGCCUUUGGUGUCGAACAAGACGACGACGCUCGACUUGAGACAGAAUCGCAUCAGGAGUGUUCCCAGAGGGUACUUUGAUGGAUUCUCCGACCUCAACACGUUAAUGCUUGAUCGGAACAGGAUUGACUACCUGGAGCCUGAUGUGUUUCGAGGUUUGAAAAAGCUAAGAUACUUGUAUUUAUAUAAGAAUGAUGUUCCAUCUCUACAUCCAGGAAUGUUUAGAGGCAUGACAGCAUUAGAGCAGCUAUAUCUGUAUAACAAUAACAUAACAAUUUUGCGGGAAGGAGUGUUUGAUGACCUGACAAGUUUGAAGAGACUACACUUGCAGAACAACCAGAUAGAAACAAUGUCAUCGGGAGUGUUUCGGAAUUUGACCAGUCUUCUUCAUCUUCGAUUAGAAGGCAACAACUUGGUGUGCGAUUGCAAACUAACUUGGAUUCGUGAUUUUGCACUUCGCAUAAAGAGUGCAACGAUAAAUUGCCAUCUGCCGAAGCAGUUAACGGGACGGAGCGUUCUUUCUAUUGCUCCAGAACUCUUUCGAUGUGGAGAACCAGUUAUUAUCAAGCCACCAUCCAAUACAAAUGUAUUGAUGGGUUACCCGGUCACUUUGCUUUGUCGGGCUACUGGUAAUCCAAAACCCGAGAUCGUGUGGAUGCAUAACGACGUGGAACUUGUUGCGAACAACAGAAUGCUCAUUUUGGAAGACGGUUCAUUGAGGAUUCUACAAACUCAAGCGAGUGACGAGGGAAUGUAUCAGUGCAGGGCACUGAAUUCUCGAGGCACAGUUACAGCAGUUGCUCGUAUUACGUACAUCAACGGCACCGAGAAUCGACCUCCAGUUUUGACAAUUGUGCCUCCGGCUUCUGCCGUUGUAAAAGUCAGUGACAGCAUUGUUUUGCCUUGCUCCGCUGUCGGAAGUCCGAAGCCAGAUAUUGCAUGGUUCAAAGGCUCGAGAAAGAUUGCAUCGAAUAGCAGGCGCUAUAUCAUCAUGGAAACAGCACGGUCAUCUGACUUGAAGAUAGUAACUGCCAUUGUGGAAGACGAAGGAAGCUAUUUGUGCAGAGCAUAUAACAAGAAAGGAUUUGUUUCUUCCAGGACGGCAUUAUAUGUUCAUGAGGCCCCAUUAUACACAACUUCUCCAAGUGACACAACAUUGGCAAUCGGACAAAAUGCACAAUUUCAGUGUCGAGUAAGUGGACGUCCAACACCAACCAUAACCUGGACUCACAACGGUCGACAUCUUCCCGUCCACAACCGACAGCGACUUUUUGCAUCAGGUGAUCUACUUAUAACGAGUCUGAGACAAGAAGAUGCUGGUGUAUACACAUGUGAAGCGUUAAACGCUGUUGCAAAGGAGUCUCAGAGUGCAAGGCUCAUAAUUCGAACUCGUUCGCCUCCAACAUUUAUCCAGCGACCUGCUGAUACCAUUGCUGUUGAAGGUCAUACGGCGAAGCUUGUCUGUCGAACAAGUAGUGGUCCAAGAAUUACAUGGACACGCGACAAUCACCAAGUGGCUGUGGCUGGUAGAAUCUCUGUCACCGAAGUUGGUGCAUUAAUUAUUACCUUGGUGGAGAAGGCUGAUGAAGGAAUAUAUGCUUGUUUUGCUUCGAACCAAGAUGGUCACAUCACAGCUAGUGCGAAGCUCACUGUGAAAGGUGCAACGGAUAAGUUUGCUGGUGAUCAGUUUGUAGUAGACACUGUUGCCGAGGCUGAACGGGAGAUUAAUGAGGCAAUUGCUGAUAACAUUGCUAAACUGACUAACAGCAAUAGUCCUUCGGGUUUGCGUAAACUUCUAAGGUUUCCAAGUGAGAAAGCUCUGAUUAUUGCCAAAGCCAGCGAGUUUUUGGAGGCGUUUGUUAAGCUUAUUCAAGACAAAGUUGUGUUCAAUCUGACAGAUUCGGAGGUGUCAGUUGUGAAUCUGCUCUCUCCUCACCAGCUGGAGGUUAUUGCCAACAUGUCUGAUUGCAUGCUGUAUCGAGAGCACGACAUGUGCUCCAACUUUUGCUAUCAUAAAAAAUACCGAACAUUUGAUGGAACGUGCAACAACUUGCAACAUGGUCUUUGGGGAGCCGCUGUCACUCCUUUUAAGAGAGCAUUAGAACCGAUAUAUGAGAACAGAUUGAAUAGUCCGGUUGGCUGGAGUCAGAGUCAACAGGUAAGUAACGGUAAUGCGUUUGGGCCUCCGUAUCCUAGUCCACGAGUGGUCAGCACUGUAAUCAUCUCAACUAAUCGUGUGACUCCGGAUCCUGACUACACGCACAUGCUGAUGCAGUUUGGACAAUUUCUAGAUCAUGACAUCACACACUCGCCUACAAGUCCAUCCGCUCGAUGUGACGAUCAUUGCAAUGCAACACAGUUCUGCUAUCCAAUUGCGAUUCCACCCGGGGACAGAAGAAUUACGGGUGAUAAGAAGUGCAUGUCAUUCUCACGUUCAGCUGCCAUGUGUGGAACCGGAGCAACAUCUGUCUUUUUCGAGAGUGUGUCAUCUCGUGAACAGAUCAAUCAGAUCACAGCUUACAUUGAUGGCUCUAUGGUGUAUGGCUCAAGCACCAGCCAAGCAUUAAAAUUAAGGAAUACAACAGCUGGCAAAGGAUUGCUAAAGCAGGGACUGGAAACAGUGCCUGGAAAGCAUCUUCUACCAUUCAACGAUGACGAAUUUGUUGACUGUCUUCGUCCACUGAAUGUGAAGAAUCAGAAGCAAGUUCCCUGCUUUUUGGCUGGAGAUCGCCGUGCUAAUGAGCAAGUAGCAUUGACAGCGUUACAUACCAUUUGGAUGCGAGAGCACAACAGGAUAGCUACAGUGCUGAGCGAGCUUAACCCUUACUGGGAUGACGACAGACUGUUUCAGGAAGCAAGAAAGAUAGUAGGGGCAGAACUUCAACACAUUACGUACACAGAAUUUCUUCCGAAAGUUCUUGGAAGUGAAUCGAUGAAGUCUCUCUCUGAGUACGUAUCAUACGACUUCGAUCAGGAUGCUUCUAUUCUAAAUGGCUUUGCAGCCGGUGCAUAUCGUUUUGGUCAUGGGCUUAUUCACCCAAUCGUUCGUCGUCUAAAUGCUUCAUUUCAGUCAAUACCCGAAGGAGAUCUAUCAUUGCGACAUGCUUUUUUUGCUCCAUAUCGCAUUGUGGAGGAGGGUGGCAUCGAUCCGUUGCUUCGAGGCAUGAUAGCUUCAAGUGGAAAGCUGAACAGUCCAUCGGAAGUGAUUAAUAAUGAGCUUACAGAGCAUUUGUUUUCUAUGGCACAUGAGGUAGCAUUUGACCUUGGAGCUCUGAAUAUACAGCGAGGUCGUGACCAUGGUCUUCCUUCGUACACAAGCUGGAGAGAAUAUUGUGGCUUGUCUGUGCCUGUUGGGUUUGAUGAGUUGGACGGAGUUAUAAGCAACAAGAUCAUACAAAAGAAGCUGAAAAGACUAUAUGGCAUCCCGGCUAAUAUUGACAUGUGGGUCGGUGGACUCGUCGAGGACCCAUUACCACACGGUCGUGUUGGACCAUUGUUUGCUUGCAUUAUUGGCGAACAGUUCAAAAGGAUUCGCGCAGGUGAUCGGUUUUGGUACGAGAACCCGUCAGUGUUUGAGCCCGCUCAGCUGGCAGAGAUCAAAAAGACAACGUUGGCGCGUGUGAUGUGUCAGAACAGCGAUGGCAUUGAUCAUAUCCAACAAGAUGUAUUUUUAGUAGUCAAUAAUGAGAGACAAUAUGAGUUGUGCUCUUCAUUGCCUCGUAUUGAUUUUCGCCACUGGACCGACUGCUCUAGGAGAUCGUGUGUUUCAGAAUCAGGCUGCUUAGCUGAUGAAUCGAAAGAGAGUCAACACUUCAGCAAGCGAAGCUCAGAGACAGUUAUGUACCAGAGCAGUUCACAUUCUGAAGUGGAGUCUCUGCUUCACGUGUUGGGCCAGUCACUGAAACCGGUUGGUAUUCUUGAAGAUCAGACUCGUGCUUUGACUAACAAGACAGCCGAAAUGGAGCACACAAUAGAAGUAAUGGCUGAAGCAAUUAUCGUUCUGCAAGAAACUGUUACUGAUCUCAAGGGAAAACUGGAGGAGAAAGAGAAAUGUCAUUUGGAAGGAAGAAUAUACAAUAACAAUCAGUCCUGGAAUCCAGACAACUGCACACAGUGCAAGUGCCAGGAUGGACAGAUAACCUGUCAUCAAGAAGAAUGUCAACAACUCAACUGUGACAAACCAUUGAGAGUUGGAAACGAGUGUUGUCCAGUUUGUCCAUAGUUAUGUGCCCGUUUGAGAUUUCGAUAACUAUUUGCUAGGAUGUUUGUUUCUUUACUCUAUGCCUGGUGAUUCUAUUCAGCACAUGUCACAGAUUUACCUAAUGCACCCAACAGAAUUGAGAGUAAUAUACAUAAUACAGAAGACUGUACAAUCCAUAAA